AUCAAAAACAAGAACAAACAUCCACCAUGAACUUCUCCUGGUUCUCUGUCCUGAUCUUUGCGAUCUUCGCCGUCGUCGUUUCAGCUGGCAACUGCCCAGCCCCCUUCAAGGUCGACAGCAACCGUCUCUGCACAGCCGAGCGCACCAUCAGAGGCGAAUGCCCAGCCGGAUCCACCUACAGAAUCAAUGUUAACAAGUGUGUCUACUCACGUUAGAAAGAUUUAAGGCGAGACAUAUGGUGACUUGAACUGAAUAAAGAUCUGAUUAAUAAUAAAAACAAA